UACAUUUCAAGAUGUUAAAACAGUAGCAGGUGAAGAAGUGAAAGUGGAACGAGCCGAAGAGAACCUUCUAGAACCAUGGCCACAGCAGCUGAUGGUGUGGGCAGCAUAGCUAUAGAUACCUCUCAACUUAACAUGUCAGUCACUGAACCAGCAGCUUGGGCAACUGCGAUGAACAACCUGGGGAUGGUUCCAGUGGGACUGGCUGGACAACAGCUGGUGACGGAUUCAAUUUGUUUACGAGGCUUUGAUCCAAACAUCAACAUGGUCACUGGAAUAACUCCAGUUAACCCCAUGUUGUCAAGUAUGGGAUUAGUAGCCCAGCCGCCGCCGCCAGCGGAGGUGCCUGUCAUCAAAGAAAUAAUUCACUGCAAAAGCUGUACGCUCUUCCCUCCAAAUCCAAAUCUUCCGCCACCUUCAACAAGAGAGAGGCCGCCUGGAUGUAAAACUGUGUUUGUCGGAGGAUUGCCAGAAAACGCUACUGAGGAGAUUAUUCAGGAAGUCUUUGAGCAGUGCGGUGACAUCACAGCAAUCCGGAAAAGCAAGAAGAAUUUUUGCCAUAUUCGUUUUGCUGAAGAGUUCAUGGUCGAUAAAGCCAUUUACCUUUCUGGGUAUCGCAUGAGAUUAGGAUCUAGUACGGACAAGAAAGAUUCAGGCCGACUUCAUGUUGACUUUGCACAGGCAAGAGAUGACUUUUAUGAAUGGGAAUGUAAGCAGCGGAUGCUGGCCCGAGAGGAGCGUCACAGGCGCAAAAUGGAAGAAGAUCGGAUGCGGCCCCCAUCUCCGCCCGCCAUAAUGCAUUAUUCGGAACACGAAGCAACUUUGCUGGCAGAAAAACUGAAAGACGACAGCAAAUUUUCAGAAGCUAUUUCGGUGCUGGUUACCUGGAUCGAGCGGGGCGAGGUGAACCGUCGGACGGCCAACCAGUUCUAUUCCAUGGUGCAGUCGGCAAACAGCCAUAUCCGCCGACUCAUGAACGAAAAGGCAACUCACGAACAAGAAAUGGAGCAAGCCAAGGAGAACUUCAAAAAUGCCUUAACUGGGAUCCUCACUCAAUUUGAGCAGAUUGUGGCCGUUUUCAACGCCUCCACCAGACAAAAAGCUUGGGACCAUUUCUCGAAAGCUCAGCGCAAGAACAUAGACAUUUGGCGAAAGCACUCUGAGGAACUCAGGAAUGCUCACAGUGAACAGCUCAUGGGGAUCCGUCGGGAGGAAGAAAUGGAAAUGUCUGAUGAGGACAGCACUGACAAUCUCAGUAGUAAAAAACUAAGAGUGGAUGAAUCAGCGUUAGCUGCUCAAGCUUAUGCACUUAAGGAAGAGAAUGACAGUCUCCGGUGGCAACUGGACGCUUACCGAAAUGAAGUUGAACUCCUAAAACAAGAGAAAGGGCAGCUCUUUCGAACGGAAGAAAGUCUGACGAAGGACCAGCAGUUGCAGUUCUUGCAGCAAACGUUACAAGGCAUGCAGCAGCAAUUGUUGAAAAUCCAGGAAGAAUUAAACAAUAAAAAGUCAGAACUUGAGCAAGCUAAAGAAGAGCACACGCACACCCAGACGAUACUGAAAAUUCUUCAGGACCAGUUAAAAAAAAACACCAAGGAGUUAGCAGAGACUAAUGGUCGUGACGAAUCUCAGGCAAAUGAAAUCAAUGUGUUGACGGUACCAGUGGUCAGCCAAGACAGAGAAAAAAAUCCUGAGAAGCGAAGCCAGCCACUAAAAUCAGAAAAAGAGGCCCUGUUGAUAGGUAUCAUCUCUACCUUCCUUCACGUCCAUCCUUUUGGAGCUAAUAUAGAAUAUCUUUGGUCUUAUAUGCAGCAGUUGGAUUCCAGGAUCUCUGCAAAUGAAAUAGAAAUGCUUUUGAUGAGGCUUCCACGCAUGUUUAAGCAAGAGUUUUCCGGAGUAGGAGCAACACUGGAGAAGAGAUGGAAGUUCUGUGCCUUUGAAGGAAUUAAAACAACUUGACUGUGGACGGGAAUGGAACUGUGUCGGGGGGAGAAUGGUGGGUCAUGGCAAGGGCGAGCUGAAGUAUUAAAGGGCAACCCUUAGGUUUGGCAUAGACAUUCCCAGAAUGCUCCAAGCCUGGUGUUAGUUGCAUUUGUGAUGUCCUCUUGUGAAAAUGUAGUUGUGUGCCAGUUCCUAAAAAAAAAAGGGAGGGGGGAACAAAACUUCUGAAAUGUGACGGUUCUGUUUCCUAUGAAAACUCAAAAUUAGCUCACUGAGCAAAUGAGAAGAAUUUUCGGUUACUAAGCUCCAGCGAUAUAAAUGUAAUAUGUAGUAGAUCUUCCUCAAGUUCCAUUCCUGGGAGUCUUUCCGUUUAGUAAGAAUACAAAAGUGAUUUCACAGUAAGAGAAAGUAUACCAAAAGCAAACUUGAAAAUGUGUCUCGACGGUUAUUGUAUUUUGUAAAUUAAGUUAUCUCCUGUACCAGGGACUUUUGCCUUAUUGCUAGAGGCCUGAACAAAAAAUAAUAAUGUGGUUGGAUUCCUUGAGAAUGCUUUAUCCAAAAUAUUAUUUUUCUAUUGUAACUAUUCUCCGUUCUAAGUUAAUUUAACAUAGAUUGCAUAUCAAUUUUCAUAAACAUGUAAAUAACGGAGGAAGUCAGUGUUAUUGUAUUGUAUUUGGUAUGUAACAUUCAGGGUUAUUGCAUCCAAAAAUAAGUAUCCAGUUGCAUUACUGUUACGGAUUUUAUAGCAAAUAUAUUAAUUUUUCCCAAUAAAUAGGACUUCUACCAUAA